GCGGUGGUGGGUGCGGCGGAGGUAGCCUUUACCCUGCCCCUCCUCACGCCAUCUCCGGUGAGUGAAUAGGCAACCCCUGGUCCAAUCUCCGAUCUGUUCACAAGCGGAAGCAGGGAAGAUAUAGUUGCCUGACUGGAUUUCCUUGUAGCCAUGCAGCCCUUGAGCAUCUAUGGGAAGUCUUAGACCGUGAUACUUUGUCAUGAUGGCAUCCGUUCCAAAGAGAUAAGAGGGUGAAAUAUGGACUAUAAACCUUAUAAUGUUGGCCCCAAGCCACCGUUACCGAGACAUUGAGAGGACGGCAGAAUACCUCCAGCCAGAGAAGUGCUUGCCACCACCCGUACGCGACUCCAUGGAUAAAGUGUGGUUCAUCAAAGAUGGCUGCGGCAUUGCGUGUGCUGUGGUGACCUGGCUGCUCAUUUUCUACGCUGACUUUGUGGUGAUAUUUGCUAUGCUGCUGCCAUCCAAGGACCUGGUAUACAGCACAAUCAAUGGAAUCAUCUUUAACAUCUUGGCCUUCAUGGCUCUGGCGUCGCAUUUUCGAGCUAUGAUCACCGAUCCUGGUGCUGUUCCCAAAGGAAAUGCCACUAAGGAAUUUAUUGAGAGCUUGCAGCUGAAGCCAGGACAGGUUGUUUACAAAUGUCCAAAGUGCUGCAGCAUCAAACCCGAUCGAGCUCACCACUGCAGUGUUUGUAAGAGAUGCAUUCGGAAGAUGGAUCAUCAUUGCCCAUGGGUGAACAACUGUGUGGGAGAGAACAAUCAGAAGUUCUUUGUUUUGUUCACGAUGUACAUAGCACUCAUUUCCUUGCAUGCCCUGAUUAUGGUGGGUGUUCAUUUCCUGUACUGCUUUGAAGAAGAUUGGACAAAAUGUAGUUCCUUUUCACCACCGACCACAGUUAUCUUGCUCAUCCUUCUUUGUUUUGAGGGGCUGCUUUUCCUCAUCUUCACUGCAGUGAUGUUUGGAACACAGGUACACUCCAUCUGCACUGAUGAGACGGGCAUUGAACGGCUGAAGAAAGAAAAUCAUACGUGGGAGAAAACUAGCAGCUGGGAUGGGCUCAAACAAGCAUUUGGAGGCAGCUUCUCACCAAGCUGGUUCAGUCCCUUCUCACGUACUCUGUACCAGAAGGUGCCUUCAGACAUCGAGUCUGCCUCAUCAGAAGAAAACAAAAUAUAUGUCACAGGGCGCUUAGUAGGACAUGUGGAGGUUAUUGAGGUGGGCAAUGAAGAGGAAUAGACAACAAAGAACUUAAAACUGGGUAAUGGCAAUAAUAAUAUUUUUUAACUGGAAUUAUAUUGUGUGAUAGUAAUAAUUUAAACUGGAAAGAGGCUCUAAUAGCUGCAUUUAAUAUCUUUGUCUUUUAGAAGUACCUGAAAUAGUAUUUAAUCCUAAAACAUUUCCAUGAGUGAGUUGGCUCUCAUCAUCUCGUUCUUUUAGUUAAUUGCAAUGUACACAUACUUUUAGACACUAUGAUGGUAUUGUAAGUAUUGUGCGGAUAGGUAAAUGAUAACCAAUGUAUAAACUGGACAUCAUUACUUUCAUAAAAUAUAUAGUCUGUCCUGUCACUGACGUUGGGAACUCCAGGUCUGACCCUGUGGGAAUCACACAUGAUUACUAAGACUCUGGGAAAGCAUUAGUGGGGGAUAGUAAGUAGUAUUUAGUUUUACCCACUUGUUACCCCCUUUCCCAACUACUAGGGCCAGCCCUGCAGUUGCAUGGGGCAUGAAUGGAAGAGCUUCAAGUGACCAGCCCGAGAAUCACACAGAUGUGAUUUGGACACAUGCCACAAGUUAUAUUUAAAUGAAAUGUAUUAAAAUAUCACUGGGGCAGCCAUAUUAUUUUUUCAGCGGGCAACAGCUGGGAUGGAUCAUGUUCUUUGAUCAAAGUAGCAAUAAAUCUCUGAUUCAGUAAUGUAGCUGGGAUGUCAGUUUAGAACAAUGUCUCCCGGGGGGAAAAUAUCUCUUAAUCAUAUAGUUUUUCUUAAAUCAUCAAAAGAUUAUAAUUUUACUGAGAAAAGGGUACCAGGAAGAAGUUCAUCUUUAAAGUAUUAGUUUUCUUAGGGGGGGGGCUUUGUUACAGUGAGGUGUAUGAUACUGGCUCCUCAAACAUGAAUGCAUAUUUGCCCAUUGAAGUCCCCCUUUUAGAAAUCAAAUUAUUUCUAUAAAGAAAGAAAGCUUCUGCAAUGUAUGUUUGUGCCUAAUAUGACCAUAGUGGUCUGGAUUUGUGAAUUAGCUGGGCAGUUCCCAACAAAUUGGUUUAUGUAAUGAAAGGUUUUCUAAUUAUAAGGAUUUUUGGCAGCUAUGGCUACGCAGUCCCCAAACUGGACACUGCACUUGGGGACAAAAAGCUCCAAAUAAUGUGGUCAGGCCAUGAUUUGCACUACCUUUCUCCACCCAUCUCUGUUCAACAACAGUAUUUGUGUUAAUUGAAUUGUGCCUUGGACACACACACAAAAAAAAAAUACUUAUAAAUGAACCGUUAACCUUUACCGUUUUAUUACUGGACACCAUUUUCUUUUUCACUAAGUGCCUGUAUUAGCUUUAUGCACUUAGAUUCUAACUCUAUGACUAAGUACCUGCCAUCAGAACCUGUCACUGAACCGUGACCAUAAAAAUACAUACCCUUAGUACUAUUGAGAUGCAUUUCUCGUUUACCCACAGACACAGCAACAUAUAAGUAUUUCUGUGAAGUUCCCAUGGUGGACGACCUGGAUGCCCCUCUUCUUCUCCUUAUAUGAGGCAGGGCCUAGCCCCAGUAAGACUAUGAAGGGGUCGAAGGGGUCAGAGUGGGUAGAGGCAGGGUAAAUAGUGGUUGUGACCCAACCCAGCUUCCCUGCCCCCUGGGAAGCAGUGUUUAACCCAGAGACUCCUGGAAAUAAGCACUGUGCUUUCAUGUUGGGGUGUGUGGAAUACAAAACAUGUUUCAGUAGGUGAACUGAAUAUAUAAAACAAUUACACAAUAUAAACCCAAAUUAUUUUUCUUGCUGGUACUAUCUUUUUAAUGAACGCUAAAAAUUAAAUUAUAUAUUUUUACUUUCUGUUGGGACACUAAAAUGCUACUUCCAGGGGUUUAACAGGUUAAUGUUUUUUUUUCUUUCUUGAGUUAAUUUUUAAAAUAUUAAAUUACAAGUAAUGUCUUUAUAAGAUAUACUGUAUAAAUGAUAAUAAUAGUUGACUUUAAGGUUAUAAUUGCUACUCAUGGAACUAAUAAUUAUGCAGAAACAUCCAAACAUAAUGAUUUCUCCUUGUCUUUGCCACUUUGCCAUAGAUAUGUGCCGGUUUUCCUUUGGUAAAUGUAACCAUGUGCUUCUCUUUCUCUGUUCAACAACUGAGCUAAUAUACAAAUGAAGAAUAAUGUUUUUACUCUCAUUAAAACAAAGUUUUCAAAAGUUAUAAAAUACAAUAAAUUGCACAAGACAAGAAAUGUGUUAUGUUAACCAUGAGGAUAAUUAUUUAAAUAUAUGUUGUUGUUAUUGUGUAUAGCUGUAUUGUCACUUGACACUAGUUAUCUGGUUAGACAUCUCAAAUGUAUUAAACGGCAACUAAAGCCAGAAGACCUCACCGGGAAAACUUACAGGGGCUUUGUCAUUAUCAUUAUCCAUGGAUGGCCUACAGAGACCCCUCACUGUUUCUAAACUUGGCUAGGAAAAGGGUUACGGGAGCUCUAGUUUAACAAGCACAUUUGGCCACCUCAUGCCAUAAGUGUUCUAGAGCGAACUGUUUGACUCUUGAGUUUGAUUGACCUACAGGCAUAACUGAGAAAUGACAAGAAAUAUUCAAUGUUUUAACAGGAUUUUUUUUAUUUUCCAGCUUAUGAUUCUUAUUGAUUUCAUAAAAUAUAUUCUAUUUUUCCAUAUUAUAAUAAAUCUUUAACUUCGAUUAAAACCAAAAAUUCACUGUGUAUGCUGUAUGAUUUUUUCGUUUAUGAAAAGAAAUGACAUUAAUAAAAUAUCGAUUUACAAAUAAUAA